CUUAGAUUGAGUCAGUAGGUCUGUCAGUCAGGGGUUGACGUCUACGUGGUGAGGUUUGGAACCACUAACCCGGUUGUACACUUAUCACCAUGGUUGAGACCCGUAGUGGGAAGGAGACUAGCCCCUACACCACUGAGCAGCAAGAAAAGAUGGCCGCCUUAGUCAGAGAGAAUAAGGAGAGGAAAGAGCGUGAAAAGCAAGCCAAGCUAAAGGCUAUCGCAGACGAGCAGGCGGCGAAGAUGAAGAGGUUGGAGGAGGAGAUGAAGAGGGUACAACAGGAGGAGGAAGAAAGAAGGAAGGCUGCUGAAGCAGAAGCGACUGUAGAAAAAGAGAAAGAGAGAAUGAGAAUUGAGAGUGGAGAAGGGAGCAGUGGUGGCACGAUGAAGUGGGAGACAGACAUUGAGCUGGAGAAGAAGAUCAUCGAGUGGGUCACUAAUUUAUCGUUGGGAUAAGACGAGGAGGCGGAGUCCUAUGUGACUAAGGAUGAGAAGGCUGCGCUGGCCGCUGAGCUAGCAGCCAUGACAG